GAAUCUCGUUCCAAGCUUAAACUUAAACCCUUUUAGCAUAGCUACUCUCUUUUACGAGCCUUCAACAAGAACCAUGCUUUCAUUUGAGUCAGCAAUGAAGCGUAUAGGUGGCGAAGUUUUAACAACAUAAAAUGCACGCGUAUUCUCUUCUGCUGCAAAGGGAGAAACACUUUAAGCAUCCUUCUCAGGCUCUUCUUGAUGUGUACACCAUUGAAAGAGAGAUAGGAAAGCUGGAUGGAAUCAAAGUCGCACUUGUUGGGGAUCUUGCAAAUGGGCGAACAGUUCGCUCUCUUGCAUAUCUUUUAGCCAAAUACAAUGAUGUCAAGAUCUACUUUGUCUCUCCGGAAGUUGUAAAGAUGAAGGAGGACAUCAAAGAGUACUCAACAUUAAAGGGAGUUGAAUGGGAAGAAAGUGCUGAUUUGAAGGAAGUGGCAUCGAAAUGUGAUGUGGUGUAUCAAACUCACAUCCAGAAGGAACAUUUUGGAGAGAGAAGCGAUCUUUAUGAGGAAGCCGUGGGAAAUACAUUAUUGAUAGAGAUGUAUUGGGUGUCAUGUAGAAACAUGCCAUUGUCAUGCAUCCUCUCCCUAGGCUUGAUGAGUUUGGGUUGUUUGAUGAGACUUGAGUGUUUGUUGACUGCAGAUUCUGAUUCUAGCAGUGCUUCUGAAAAGGAGAAAAAGAGACCUGGAGAAGCCAAGGCAGCUGAAGAUGCUCGGAGGCGAGUGGAGGCGGAAGCUACUGCAGAAGCAAAACGGAAAAGAGACCUGGAAAGGGAAGCAGCCAGACAAGCAUUAUUGAAGACGGUUGAGAUCGAUGAGGCGUCUUGGUUUCUGAAAGACUUGGAAAUGCUAAGGGCUGCAGAGCCAGACCAGAUCCUACCGACCUGCUUAGAUGAGAUAAGCCCUGGACCUGACAAAUAA